AUGGCCCUGGGGGGCGCGGGCCUGGCAGCAGGGCAGUGGGGCAGUGGUCCUCUCCUGGGCUCCCCAUCCGGCCUCCUUUGCUUUCUCUGCAGAGCAGCCACCAGGGACUCGGUGGGUAGCCAGCGCCCCCGGGAGGCCAGCAUGGCGAGCACGCCGCACGGGAGCGUGGUGAUGAGCUUCAGCUUCGACAGUGGCCACCUGGAGGAAGCGGCGGCCGGGGCCACCCAGGCCCAGGGUGGUAGGACCAGGAGCAUCCCGAUUUUCACGGACUCUGAGGAGCCGGUGCCUGACGACCGCUACCACGCCAUCUACUUCGCGAUGCUGCUGGCUGGCGUGGGCUUCCUGCUGCCCUACAACAGCUUCAUCACCGACGUGGACUACCUGCAUCACAAGUACCCAGGAACCUCGAUUGUGUUUGACAUGAGCCUCACCUACAUCCUGGUGGCGCUGGUGGCCGUGCUCCUGAACAACGCGCUGGUGGAGAGACUGAGCUUGCACACGAGGAUCACCGCGGGUUACCUCUUAGCCCUGGGCCCCCUCCUCUUUAUCAGCAUCUGCGACGUUUGGCUGCAGCUCUUCUCUAGGGACCAGGCUUACGCCAUCAACUUGGCCGCUGUGGGCACCGUGGCCUUCGGCUGCACAGUGCAGCAAUCCAGCUUCUACGGGUACACAGGGAUGCUGCCCAAGAGGUACACGCAGGGGGUGAUGACAGGGGAGAGCACGGCGGGAGUGAUGGUCUCGCUGAGCCGCAUCCUCACCAAGCUGCUGCUGCCGGACGAGCGGGCCGGCACGCUCAUCUUCUUCCUGGUCUCCGCGGGCCUGGAGCUGCUCUGCUUCCUGCUGCACCUGCUGGUGCGGGGCAGCCGCUUCGUGCUCUACCACACGGCGCGGCCCCGCCACUGCCGCCCGAGCCGCAGGGCCGGCUACCGCGUGCACCACGACGUGGCCGCCGAGGACGUGCACUUUGAGCACCAGGGCCCAGCGCUGGCCAACGGCGGGUCCCCGAAGGACAGCCCGGCCCACGAGGUGACGGGCGGGUGCGCCUACACGCGCUUCGACGUGCCUCGGCCAAGGAUCAGGCGCAGCUGGCCCUCCUUCCGAGCCCUGCUCCUGCAUCGCUACGUGGUGGCCCGCAUCAUCUGGGCGGACAUGCUCUCCAUCGCCGUGACCUACUUCAUCACGCUGUGCCUGUUCCCGGGUCUCGAGUCUGAGAUCCGCCACUGCAUCCUGGGCGAGUGGCUGCCCAUCCUCCUGAUGGCAGUGUUCAACCUCUCUGACUUCGUGGGCAAGAUCCUGGCGGCGCUGCCCAUGGACUGGCGGGGCACCCACCUGCUGGCCUGCUCCUGCCUCCGCGUGGUCUUCAUCCCCCUCUUCAUCCUCUGCGUCUAUCCCAGCGGCACACCCGCCCUCCGCCACCCGGCCUGGCCCUGCGUCCUCUCCCUCCUCAUGGGCAUCAGCAAUGGCUACUUUGGCAGCGUGCCCAUGAUCCUGGCGGCGGGCAAAGUGGGCCCCAAGCAGCGGGAGCUGGCAGGGAACACCAUGACCGUGUCCUACAUGACGGGGCUGACGCUGGGCUCGGCCGUGGCCUACUGCACCUACAGCCUCACGAGGGACGCCCACCGGAGCUGCCUGCGCCCCUCCGCCGCCAACGCCUCCUUCCCGGCCGGCCUCUGA